AUGGGUGAAAACUUUGGAUCGGAUCCCACUCCAGGGACUGCAUCGCAAGUCCAGUCACAGGUUGCUGGACCUGCACCUCCCGAAGUUUUCGUAGCUAUGCCCCUGCUUCAACAAGCUGGAGAGGUUUACGUCGGACCAGGCGCAAAGAAGGAAGCUGAACUUCUCGGAUUGGGUUUAACCAAGUUGAGCUCCAGAAGAAAAGAUGAUUUACACCUUGCAAAACGAUAUGCUAUGGACAUUUCAAUCAAACAGAUUAUGCUCAGACAGCAGAAAGCUCAUCAGGAGAAUCAACAAAAACAGUCAAUGUAUGCCCAGGCUCUAUCACUGAUGGCGAGAGUUUAUAUAGGUUCUAUUUCCUUCGAAGUCAGAGAAGAUAAUAUCAAGAAGGCUUUUGAAGUCUUUGGCCCAAUUAAAACAAUAAAUAUGAGUUUUGAUCCUACUACUGGGCAUCAUAAAGGAUUUGCGUUCUUAGAGUUCGACGUUCCAGAAGCUGCUUUAUUAGCCCAAGACUCUAUGAACGGUCAAUUGAUGGGAGGCAGAAAUCUUAAGGUUGGAAGACCGUCUAAUAUGCCUCAGGCUCAGCCGAUUAUUGAAAUGGUACAGCAGGAUGCAAAGAAAUAUCACAGAGUAUAUGUCGCUUCUGUACAUCCUGAUCUCUCGGAAUCCGAUCUCAAGAGUGUGUUCGAAGCUUUUGGCGAAGUUGUGAAAUGUCAACUAGCUAGACAAAACGCCAGCGGAAGAGGAACUCAUAGAGGGUUCGGCUAUAUUGAAUUCAACAACGCUGCAGCUAUGAAUGAAGCUAUUGCUGGUAUGAACAUGUUCGAUCUUGGAGGACAAUACUUACGAGUCGGACGAUGCAUUACCCCUCCAGAAGCGUUGCAAUAUCUUACACCUUCAACCCAAGUUGCUAUUCCCGCAGCAGCCGCAGUUGCUGCCGCUGCCGUCACUGCCAAAGUCAUGGCUGCUGAAGCUGCAGGGUCGUCCAAGUCUGGCAGCCCUGCACAAGAUUCACGAUCAUCUCGGGGGAAUAGUCCUGCUCUUGCUCUCCCACCUGCCCGAAACAGUCCUGCGUACUCUGAAACAGCAACUCCUCCCCAUUUUGCACACAGUCCGAAUGUUAGAAAUAGCUUGGCAUCACAGUCGCAACCCAGAGCUAUUGAAGCUCCACCAAGCACAGACUCAGCUCCUGCAACACCUCCAAUUGUCUCAUCACCCCUAGCAUUUGAUCAAGUUGGGUAUCAAGCUUCACCUCCCCAAGGAAGAACUUCUGGUAGAGGGUUUGGCGGAUUUGCUCAAGAUAUUCCUCCUCUGGCUGGAACUCCUCCAGCGUUCAUGCCUCCUCCUGGAGUAAUGGGUUUCCCUCCCGGUACUGUUGCUCCGCCUGGUUUGGUUCCUCCACCAGGACUUAUGCCCCCACCGGGGCUUGUACCUCCUCCUGGAUUGUUGCCUCCUCCAGGAGCUUUUACACCUACUGGAAUCGCUCCUCCACCACCCCCACAGCCUACAGUCGCUGCCCCUCCACCUCCUCCACCUACUCAAGUCGCCGCUGCAGAUGAAAAGAAGAACAAGGGAGAUCGAUCGUUCAAUGAGAAACUCAAUCGUCUUCUAGAUCGUCAAAAAGCUAAGCAGAAUGCCACACUUGCUCAGCCUAUAUCUUUCGGAGAAUUGGAUCCUAUGAUUGCUCCACGAGAUGCAUUAGAACCAAGAGAUGAAGACGCUCAAACUCAACUUGCAAUCACUGGAAGUGUUGAAAGUAUGGCUCUGGCCAUUCUGGGCGAUGGACAGUUAGUAGCUGCCGGAAAACUGAAAGAACAUGAUCCAACUAAACCCAAAGAAGACGGAAAGAAAAAGAAGCAACACUAUCGUGGUCCAUAUGAACCGAAGAAGAUUCAGCCGAAAUUGAAUUCUCUUCAAGCUUUAGCAGCUGCCGAAAAGGCUGGAGCUUUAUCAGAUGCCGUAAUCGCAGACACUAUGAAUAGUGAAGAUGCCACUUUAGCAAGUCAGGAAGGAGUUUUCAAUAUUCGUGGAAAUGACGCACGACACUUGUUGAUGGCCAAAUUGAUGCGAACUAACAGAUCUUGUGUUUUGGUUUUGAGGAAUAUGGUAACACCCGAACAGAUUGAUGAGUUUUUGGAAGAAGAAAUUAAAGGAGAAUGUUCUAAAUAUGGAACAGUGAUUGAGGUUGUCAUCGCCAAUGACGAAGCCAACGGUGCAGUGAAGAUCUUCGUUCGUUUCUCUGAUCCAACAGAGGUCGAUUCCGCUAGGGCAGGAUUGGACAACAGAUUCUUUGAUGGACGAACAGUGAAAGCGGAAGUAUAUGAUCAAGCGUUGUUUGAUCAUAAUGAUCUCACGGGAUGA